CGCUCCGCUCGGCCCCGCCUGCGGGGGGGGGCGGCCCCGCGGGCGGGGCGCACUGGGGCCGCCCGCCAUGGCCGCCUCCCGCCUGCCGCCCGCCGCGCUCAGCCUCAAGCAGGUACCGCCUCGCGCGUCUGCCCGCCCGCCCCGCUCCCACGGCCCGGCCGGGUUCUUGAGAAGGCAGCAAGUUCUUCAGUUAUACAGAAGAAUUCUGCGGGCUAUUCGUGAGGUACCUAAUGAAGAUGAUCGACACUAUCUCAAGCAGUGGACAAGGGAAGAAUUCAAAAGAAAUAAAGAUGCUACAGAAGAGGAUACAAUUAAGAUGAUGAUAACUCAUGGCAACAUUCAACUUCAGGAGCUUAAGAAAACACUUCAGCUGGCAAAAUCCUGACUUUAUUUCACUGAGAACCAAUGGACUUUAUCCCAGUGAGAAAUACAGCACUUAAUGCACCAGUUGGUCAAGACAGUGGCCUUGUACUAAAAUACUCGUAAUGUGUAAAGAUGGAAUACAGUAUAAAGGGGUUUUUUUCUUG